GUAUGGCGCUACACUGACAAAUGCAAGGAAAGGGUUUUCAUACCAUGUGAAAAAAUAAUGGUCAACCUUAUCUCUGUUAAUGUGGAUGAGUACAAGCCAUCUCAGGAAUCCAAUCAUCUAUCAGAAGGGAGAAGUCCCUGUUAUUAUACUGUUUACAAUGGCACUGAAGGUAAGGAUUUGCCUUCAAAAGUCCUGGAAACAAAACACUUGCUUGAUAUUUCACACGAAGAGAUUUCACGCAAAGAGGAUAUUUUAGCAGAAGGGGACCAAACUGGGAACUGGUCAUCUUAUGGCCAGACUGGAACAAAGAAUACUUUGAGACAGAAAAAUGCAGGGACUGUAGAGUAUGAACAUGAUGUAAGGGCUGAAGAUUUCAGUCCUGGUCAGAAACUAGAAGAACUCAGUUUGAAAGAGAAGACCUCUGCCCCUGGAGGACUACUAGGUGAGCCACAGAUUGCUUUGGGGCACUUGGUUAACAUGGAAACAGGACAGCCGUAUUGCCCCCAACUAGAGGUGAGGGCAGCAGACCCUUGUUUGGGACAGAAAAUAGAGGAACUUAAUCUGAAGAUGGUUGAUGCAGCAGAUGAAUUGCCGGGUGAGACCCAUAUCAACUUGGUGGACUUGGAUACUGAAAAAUCUGGGCAGACAUCUUAUCCUCAGCUGGAAAAAAUAGCACAGGGCCUCACGGAGAAAGAGAGUGAACAGACCAUAUUAGUAGACUGGGAUCCUCACACUGGAAGACUGUAUAUUCCUACCUUGUCCAGUGUUGAAAAUCAGGUGUGUGAAGGAGUAUUCAAGUAUGAUGAUCCUGACAAAGAGGGAAUUUUGUCCAGACUGUAUGAGAAAGAGGUAUCUGAUGAAUCACCAGAGGACCAAGAAAUGUACCUCCUGCAAUUCAAGGAACAAUGGGGACUGCAUGUAGAAAUGGAAGACUGA